AUGAUCCCUAAACUUAGGAGGUGGAUCUGCUCUCAGUACAAGACAGUGGAGGAGUACAACUCCCUGCCUGGACAGGAUGUGCUGCUGACCGACCGCUAUACUGACCUGCUGAUAGUCCAGCAACACAGAAAGCAGGAAGAGAAAGAGGAGGAGAUACGUUUCCGAGGACCGACUUUUUUCAGUGCCAUAGCAACUGAAACAUAUCAAAGCACCACUGUGGACCAGUUCUUCAGCCCUGAUGACCGUGGAGAUGUUCCCAGAGCAGUCAUUCUUCAGGGCCACUCUGGACAUGGCAAAUCCUUUACCGUAAAGAAGAUCAUGUAUGACUGGGCAUCAGGUAAUCUUUACCAGGAUCGAUUUGAGCUUAUUUUACACCUGAGAUGUAAAGAACUGAACCAGGUGUCCAGAGAGAGGAGUUUGGUGGAUCUUGCGAGCUGCAGUAAGACAUUUACCCCACUGAUCUCACAGAAACUAAAGGACUCACCGCAGAAGGUGCUCUUCCUCGUAGAUGAGUUUGAUGAACUGAGAUUCACAAUGAGUGAACUCAAUGACUCCUCUGUAACAGACCCUUUCACACCAGCUCCUGUUGAGGCCAUUCUGAGGGCUCUGUUGAAGGGGUCAAUCCUGGAGGAUUGCUUCCUGCUGGUCACCACCAGGUCUACUGCUGCAGAGAAGCUGAGCAAGCUGCUCAAACACCCUCUGCGGUUCACCGAGAUCCUGGGUUUCUCUGAGAAGGGGGUGCAGGAGUACUUCCAGAGGUUCUGUCAAGAUGAGCAGGUAGCAGAGAAGGCAUUCAGCAGUGUGAAGGCAAAUGAAACCCUCUUCACUUCCUGCUCCAUUCCAGUCAUAUGCUGGAUUAUCUGCACAGUCUUCAGGGAGCAGUUAAAAGAAAAUGCUGAAAUUACACUGGAAACAACCACCUCCAUAUUUGUGCACUUUGUGUCCACUCUGCUGGAGCAUCACUGCAGCAUUGAAGGAUCAGAGGACCUGCGGACUCAGUCUGUCCCUGCCCUGCUGAGGAGCCUGAGCCAGCUGGCAGACCGGGAGAUGCUGAAGCAGCGGGUCCUGUUUGAGAAGAAAAGUGUGCUGAGUGUGUUUGAGAAAGAGAGUAACAUCUCAGAUCCAGCUAGAGUCCCAUUUUUGUGCAAAUUCCUCAUGAAGAAGAACACUCGAAAGAAGGAAAUGUUCAGCUUCAUGCAUGUGAUCUUUCAAGAGUUCUUCACGGCACUCAACUACAAGAGACCGGACCAGAGUCAGGACAAAGUGAAGGAGCUGCUCAGUUCCAUCCAGGAGUACGAAGCCAAGUCCCAUCUCUUACCCGUCAUUCAGUUUCUCUUCGGCCUCUCCAAUACAAAAGUGGUGGAAAGCUUGGAAGAGCUGGAGCUGCCCUGCACUCCUUCCAUUCGAGGGCAGCUAGAAGAGUGGAUUCUGGAGUUCAUUGAAAAAAGCAAAGAUUCAAAGAAAAGUGAUGAGUUGCGGUUCAUUCUCCACUGUCUGUACGAGCUCCAUGAGGAGGAGUUUGUAAGGAGAGCCAUGGAGGUGUGGGGCAGGAUAGCCUUGGACUCCGUCCCCCUGACCAGGCAAGACUGCUGGGUGCUGCUGUACUGCCUGCUGCGCUGCCCAGCCAUCACAAGCCUGCAGCUCACAGAGUGCAACGUCACAGCAGACAAGCUGAGGAUGCUGCAGCCUGCACUGAGCAGGUGUCCUGAACUGGGGUUGCAUGUUGAGGAGCUGUCAGAUGCUGAUGUGAAUGAUCUGAUCUCAGCUGUGGGGGAAGAAAAGAUCCUGAAGGUCAUAAGGCUGUUUAUUGGGCACUUUACAGAGGCAUUCCCUGAGGACAUGUCAGGACUGGGUGUGAUGCUGUACUUCCUCUCGGAGAUCUCCAACAGCACUCUGGGGGACAUCCUCCUGCAGCUGAGAUGUUUCACACAGGAAGACACAGACAGACGGGACUCUGAAAAUGAUGAACAUGUGGAUGCUCUGUUCUCCUGUCUGAUGUCUCUGCCUGACCUGAAGACGGUUUCUCUGGUUGUGAACCGUCUGACUGAGCUCUGGGCCACCAAGUUCCUCAUCCUGUUCCACACCUGCCCCUCUAUAGAGCAGCUUAUCACACCUGGACACACCUGGACACAAUCACCUCACACCUUAUCACACCUGGGCACACCUGCCCCUCUAUAG